AAUGGACUUCUAUCCCUGAAACAGAUAUAAACAACCUUGAGAGAGUCCCUGUUUAUCAUGAAAGUUAAGUAAGUUUUGCUGUGCCGAAUACUUUGAGCUUCACUAUACAUCUGAACAGCCAUGAGGAAUUUACUACAUGUUCUGUGUUUCAUCUCUGGAUUGUUCAUUCAAGGUGGGGCUUUCCCUUUUGGCGCACCUUUCAAAUCAUGCGCUAUCAUCUUCCCGAAGCACAAAGGUGCCGAGAGACAGACUACCGAUGCUCCAUACACCAUCACUGUGUCUCCUACGUCAUAUAGCCCUGGCCAAGAUCUCACAGUGACGAUGUGGUCGAAAGAUGCACUAGCCUUCCGUGGGUUUCAGAUCAGAAGUCAGAGAGUGAAUGGGGAUAAAGAGGAGAUUGUUGGAGGGUUCACGAACUUCCCAAAUGAUGUUAAACCGCAGACAUGGUAUCCCAAAGGAGAUAACAAGAACUGCCUAACCCAUAUGAACAAUGAACCAAAAUAUAACCUAACAUUCACCUGGAAAGCACCUGCUACAUCUGUUGGAGAUAUCCAUUUCAGUGCAACAUUCAUCCAAUCAUAUGCUGUCUUCUGGUAUGAUGUCAAGAGUUCUGUUGUCAAGGCAAUGGUACCAGAUGCCUCUGCGGAGUUUCUGGGAGAGGUGAAACCUAAUUUGAGUGCAGUAAUCACAGCAGAUGGUUGUGGCGAAACGAAAGGCUGUUUAAUGUCACCUCGUUAUUGCUUCUACGAUUGUGACUUUUUGGUCACUUACAAAGUUGACGGAGACUUCAUUGAUUUUGAAAUGAAAGGAAAAGCUGAUCAUUUCAUGUCAUUGGCCUUUAGUGAUGAUGUUAGAAUGGGUAACGACUCCACUCUGACCUGUCUAACUGCACCUUGGCUAUCAACAGUACAGCUUGGGUACAAUCCACCCAAUCCCAAGACAAAUGACAAACACAGAAUAACUGGAAUCACAAAUGCUGAGGCAGAAAAGCAAAGAGAUCAUGUGACAUGUAGAUUCAGGAGACCCCGUAGUAUGAAUGUCACAUGGAUAAGUAACGAUAAGACGACCCCUGCUACCACCACAGAGGUGACCUUUGACCUCCUCAGUGACACCUGGCAUCUCUUCAUUGCAUAUGGGGAUGCCUACGAUGGCACAGAUGUUGGCCACAAACAUGGCCCUCUUCCUCUCAUUACACAUGACAAGGUGGACCUUCAGCAGAAAACAUUGGUUUAUGCUUACUCCCUUCCAAGAGAAGUGCAAGCCCAUGGUGCCAUGAUGAUAAUAGCGUGGGUCCUUUGUGCUGGGGUAUCUAUUAUUUUCGCACGUAGCUUCAAAAAUUUAGGAGAUGACAAAAUGUAUUGUGGCGCAAAACUUUGGUUCCAACUGCAUAGAAUAUUAGCUGUUCUUGCAUUCCUGUUGACUGUUGGGGCGUUUGUGAUAAUAUUUGUAUAUAAGAAAGAAUUUGUGAAGGAUGGUAGAACUCAGAUCCAUGCAGGUCUCGGAAUCGCAGUCCAGACACUGGUGUUGCUACAGGUUGUCAUGGGAACACUAAGACCAGGACCAGAUUCAAAGUUCCGGCCAGCCUUCAACACAGUACAUAGCAUCAAUGGAGGGCUUUGCUGGGCACUUGCAGCGUCCACAAUGAUCAAUGCCUUCACAAAUAUUAGUAUUCUGCCAGGCAACUUGAAGUUUGUCAACCUCAUAGUUAUCAGUGUCGCUGUUGGUCUUCAAGUCUUGUGGGAUAUUGGAUUUGCUAUAAAUAAGUACAAAAAAGACAAAGAAGGGUCUGAAGACAAGUGUUCCUCAUAUAACCUACAGACAAUCAGUGUUAAUGUGAGCUCCAAGGAGGUGGAGAAGAGAGCAGAGAGGAGAAUGAGUGUGGCUGAGAGAGGCUGUCUAAUGCUAUAUAUGCUCUCUACAGUUAUGUUGACGGUGAUGGGGGUCACUUUCAUAUUCAUGUACUGAUCCAGCUAGCACAUAUAGGACUUUAUGGAAAGCUACAGAUAAGCAUUAAGAGCUCAUCUUAUGUGAGCUUACACGGGUAACCUGAGAUAAUUAUAGAAAAGUUAUAUGAACAUGUUUUCUGUAAAUAGUUUUGACUUGAUUAAUUGUGUUGUACUAUUGCAAAAAUUACAAAAUGUAAAUGAGCUAAAAACUAAAUCAAUAAAUGAAUAAAACACGAUACAACCCAUUUUUAACAUUUGAGUCCAUCUUUGGGGCUUUAAUAAGUUAAUAGGGAGUUUAAGCUUGC